AUGGAUGUUAAGUUAACAGAAAUUGUGGACACUAAGACAAAGCAUAAUAAAGAAAAACCAAACGUGUUUAAUGGUAAAAAAGAAUUUCAAAUAUUAGAAAAUUCGUUAGAAAUCGGUGAUGAUCAUUCGAAAAUUGAAGAAAGUUGUGAAAAAUUAAUAAAAAAUUCUAAAUGUUUAUUAGAAUUUAAUUAUAAAGUAAAAUCAUUAAAACAAUUUUUACUUGAGGUAGUACCAGAAAUUGCUAAUCUUGAUAUUAUUAACGAAUUAUUAGCUAAAGAUAAAUUACGUUCAUGUAAAAUAUUUAAACAAUUAUUUGAAAUUAUUAAUAAAAAGGAAAAUUUUUUUAAAUAUUUUGAAUUAUAUCAAAAUACAACAAUCAUUACUACUACUGAUCAUAUCGCAACAAUAUCUUUUAUAUCUAAUGAUGAUGAAGAAAAUUCAACAUCUAAUAACAAUAACAACGAAGAAAAAGACUUAUCUAUAUGUCAAUAUUAUGAAAGUAUUUUUAAUGUUAUUAUAACAUCAUUAACGGAAAGUUUUACAUUCGACGGCGAUCAUGCACUUUGCUUAUCAAUCUUAUAUAUAAUAUGGAAUCUUGUUGAUAAACCAAUAUUUGUAUCAGCAUUUAUUGAAACGGAUUAUGCAAAAGCCGUAUUAGAUUGGAUACAACUGCCCUCUAUACUAUUUACACAUAGACGUCCAUUAGUUAGUAUUGUACAUAAUCUCGUACAUCAGAAACAAGGACAAAAUGCAUUUAAACAAGAAAAUGCUAUUGUUAUAUUAGAUAAAAUACGUUCAACAAUUGAAAAUUAUGAAGAUGAUGGCAUGAAUAUAGUUUAUUAUAUGGGAUUAAUAAUGAUUGAUGGACAUGAAUUAAUUGAAACAUUUUUAAAAGAAUCUAAAGAUUCAAUAAAAAAUAUCCUUAAGAGACUUUUUACUAUGAAUUUAAGAGCAUGUCGUAAGAGAUCUUUUACAGAGGACGUCCGGACUUGA